AAAAUUGCUCAAAAAGUUGCCCCAUGUAUCAUCAGGCCUAGUUCACUUUUCAAGGGUACCUGUACAUGCUGGAGUGUCAGGGAACGAGAAAGCAGAUAAAUUAGCAUGUAUGACAAAGGAAAACAUAGAUUUGCAGAUACAGUAUAGUAGAACAGAACUCAAAUCAGUAAUAAAUCAAAAAUGGCAACAUUUUAUUUUAAGGUGUCCUUGUUACACAUUUUUAAUUAUGCAUAAUUGCAUGCAAACAACCCUGAACCAAACCCUAAUCUUAAUCCUAACCAUAUAGUAGGCCUAAAUACAUGUAGUUAAUUAAUAUUACUCAGUACUUCAAUGUAUAAUUACACUGUAACAAGGACAACUUAAAAUAAAGUGUAACCGGCAACUUUAUUGGGAUACUGAACAAAAAGGUAAGCAUUUGCAUUUAAUAAAACCAGGAAUUCAGGUGAGUCAGCAAAACUGUGGAACAUGAAUUAACACAGUGUCAUAGACGCAGAGUAAAUAAACUUAUUGAUUUCAAAAGAAAGGAAGACAGCAAAUCACUGCAAUUCACAAUCCUGACGGAUGAGUAUUUUUUAAGGGAUUAAGAGAAAGAAAAGAAAUAGGAAACAUUAAAUUGAGCAGUAAGUGGACAGCAGGCCACCAGUAAAACAGAAGAAGAAGAGUAGUCUCUGGUUCAUUACAGCAGAUGGCGGUAAUGAUUCAUUAAAGAAUGUGAGCCGCCAAUAAACAGAAGAAGAACAAAGUUGCGCUUUGCUAUGUCAGCUUUGUAAACAGAAAUAAUGCCCCUUUUAGCAUAUAAAUCACCGAUAAAUUAAUUAGUCAGUCACAGUCGAUAUACAAAUCUCUUUGUUUAGUGGCUUUGUUAACAGUUGUCGCUGUCCAUCGGGUGAAGAGAAGUCAGUGAUGGAGGGAGAUUCUGUCACUCUAAACACUGAUCUCACUGAUAUACAGCAAAUUAAUAAGAUAGUGUGGAGAUUUGGAGGUCCAAUCAUUGCUGAAAUUUUUAAAAAUGAGCCCUGGUUAAAUAAAACUGCCGAGAUAUUCAGAGACAGACUGCAGCUGGAUCAGACUGGAUCUCUGACCAUCAAGAACAUGAGAACCACAGACUCUGGACUUUAUCAACUACAGAUUGACCACCGCGACGCUGGAGCAUCAUAUAAGAAUUUCAGUGUUACUGUUUAUGGUGUGUUUGGUGCUGAAACAGGUGAAGAGAAGUCAGUGAUGGAGGGAGAUUCUGUCACUCUAAACACUGAUCUCACUGAUAUACAGCAAAUUAAUAAGAUAGAGUGGAGGUUUGGAGUUAAAGGUACAAUCAUUGCUGAAAUGGAUGUAAAUGGAGUUUAUGAGAUAUUCAGAGACAGACUGCAGCUGGAUCAGACUGGAUCUCUGACCAUCAAGAACAUGAGAACCACAGACUCAGGGCUUUAUGAACUACAGAUUGACCACCGCGACGCUGGAGCAUCAUAUAAGAAUUUCAGUGUUACUGUUUAUGUACCAGGUCUGUCUUCAGGUGCUAUUGCAGGAAUAUGUGCUAUUUUUUUGCUGGUGCCUGCAGCUGCUGUUGUUGUUUACUAUCGCCACAGAAUCUGUGAUCUAAAGCAUUCAAUGGAACCAGAGAUCUCUGAACAACAGUUAAAAGAGAAACCAGAGAUCUCUGAACAACAGUUAAAAGAGAAUGAAGACACGAUGUCUGAACAACUAUGCAAAACAUAUGAAGAGAGGAUAGUAUCAGUAAUGGAGGGAGAAUCUGUCACUCUAAAGACUGAUGCUGAAAUAUGGAGAGAUGAUCAGAUCCUGUGGAUGUUUGGACCUCAAGAGACUCUCAUUGCUGAAAUCAAAAGCGAAACCAGAGAGAUCACUACAUUCGAUGGUGCUGAUGGGAGAUUCAGAGACAAACUGAAACUAGACAAGACUGGAUCACUGACCAUCACAGACAUCACAGCUGAACACAUUGGAGUCUAUAAACUGCAGACUAUCAGCAGCAGACGGACCUCGUAUCAAAGAUUCAUUGUUACUGUCAGACUCGUGAUGAUAUCAGUUAUGGAGGGGCAAUCAGUCACUUUAUACCCUGAUACAGAAAUACAGAAAGAUGAUCUGAUUGUGUGGAUGUUUGGAGGUGAAGAUAACCUGAUUGCUCAAAUGACUGGAAAGACCAGAGAAACAUAUGAAGGUACUGAUGGGAGAUUCAGAGACAGAUUCAAGCUGGACAAGAGGACUGGAUCACUGACCAUCAGUAACAUGAGAACCGAACACUCUGGACAUUACAAACUACAGAUGAGCAGCAGCACCAAAGGAACCACAAACAAGAGAUUCAAAGUUGUAAUAAAUUUGAAGUACAUGUCCGCGAAGGAGGGAGAGUCUUUGAUUCUGACGACUGAUGCUGAAAUACGGAGAAAAGAUAAGAUACUGUGGCUGUUUGGAGAUGAAAACACUCUCAUAGCUGAAAUCAAAAAAGGGAGUGGAAAGAUCACUACAUUUGAUGACGUCGAUGGGAGAUUCGGAGGCAGUCUGGGGCUGGACAUUAAUACUGGAUCCCUGAUCAUUAGAAACAUCACAGCUGAACACACUGGAGUUUAUAAACAGAAUAUCAUCAGCAAAAAAGCGACCACAAUCAAGAGAAUCAAUGUUGCUGUGAGAGCGAAGAUGAUUUUAGGGGUGAAGGGCAAGAAUGUGACUCUAAAUCCUGAUACCGAAACACAGAGAGAUGAUCUGAUCCUGUGGAUGUUUGGAGAUGAAAACAGUCUCAUCGCUCAGCUGGCUGGAGAGACCAAAGUGACCACAUACGAUGAUGCCGAUGAGAGAUUCAGAGACCGACUACAGCUGGACAAGAACACUGGAUCUCUGACUAUCAAGGACAUCACAACCGGACCUUAUAAACUACAGAUCAUCAGCAGCAGAAGGACCUCAUACAGGAAAUUCAGAGUUUUCAUUUGUUGUGAGUCUGGUCCCAAGACGGUGUCAGCGACGGUGGGAGAAUGUUUAAUUCUAAUCACUGAUUUUAACAUUGAAAGAGGUGAGCAGGUACAGUGGAGCUUUCAAGAUAAAACCCUAGCAACUGGAAUGAAUGGAGACAUCAGUAACACUUCAUAUGGUGAGAGAUUCAGAGACAGACUGGAGCUGGAUCAUCAGACUGGAUCUCUGACCAUCAAAAACACCAGAACCAGUUACACUGGAGUUUAUCAACUAAAGUUCCUCAGCGGAUGCAGAAAGAACAUUUGCUGGGAAUUCAAUGUCACUGUCUUUGAUUCUACAAUGAAUAAAUCAGCAAUUGUAAUGAUGAAUGGAGAGACUUCUGUUUAAGUGAAUAUGCAGCAGACGACAAGUUAAGUUUGAUGAAAUAAGACACACCCACCAGUGUCAAUCAUUCUGAAAUCAACAACUGAUUUUUAUGCACCUCUAAAAUACAUCCAUUGAAAGUGAGAAAUGAACCUGUGUGCUUCUUAAACUUGCAUGUAAAAUGUUUUUCAGAUGAAUUAGAAAAUGUUUUGAUGAAGCUUUCUUAAAGGCACAGGAUGCAAUUUUCGCCGCUAGAGGGCACAUAUGCGAGGCUGCAUGACACUGGCAGGGCACUGCUCUGCAUAUUUUGUAUGUCUCUCUAAUCUCACACAUUUAUGCUGCCUACACGUGGUAUCGGAAACGUUAUGCUUCCCAGUUCUGAAGUUAUAAUUAUGGGCUUAUCAUGUUCAAGUGCUUUGAUCUCAAAAAGUACAGAAAUCACGGUGGACAGCCUAUUCAUUCUUGCCUGUGUCUUGGGGAAUCUUAUUAAAGCCAAAAGAAAUUUAGUCAAUAUCUUACAAGUUUUGAAUAAAAUGUUGUGUCCCCUUCAUUGGUAACCAUAUAAACAUUUACAGCGCUAUAGAUAUUCAGCUGGCUGACGAUUCCUAAAUUUCAGUCAAAUAAAUGCUAUUUUCACUGUGUUCAACACAUACAAUAUGCAUCAAAUGGUUAUUUAUAUACAUGACUCUAAUGGCAGGAAAAAGAACUACACUACUACUGCUAUGUUUCUCUCCUCCGCAAUAUUUAAAGUUUAUGGCUCGCCCAACUCAGAAACUCAGGUAUCGAAAUGAUCUCAGAGUUUCCCAGUUGUAUAUAUGACUACAGAGGCCGUUCAUGUUCAGUUUCCGACUAGGAAGCUUGUAUUUAUGAUAAUUCUGAUAGCACGUGAAGGCAGCAUUAGUUCAGCUCAUGGAGCUCUUUCCUAAUGAGCUGAUGAUCCGAAUCAGGUGUGUUAAAUAAAGGAGACACACAAAAUGUGCAAAGUUGUUUAAAUACAGGAUUAAGAACCAUUUAUCUAAAGCACCUGUGUAUUUGUAUUCAUGCUGAUGAACUCGCCUUACUGCAUAGAAGAAGACUGUUUACACUUUUACCCAACUCUGUAUUUAAAGUAAUGUGGUAUGAUACCACAUUGUGUUGUGCCUUGGAUUAUUAUUCACUGCUAUUUGUAUUAUUCUCGUUUGUAAAUUAUUUGAACACAUGUUCAUAUUAGGGCUUGGUAACGGUAUAUAUCAUUACCACAGUGCAUCUAUUGUUAGAGAUUUUGCUAUAUCAUGUAUUUCAUGGUAUGCAAAUACAUCCAUGUAGCAGCACUAAAAAAUGAUAUAGCCUACACCUGACCAAAGAGUGAUAAAGAAACAUGCAUGAAUGAGAAAAUAAAGAGUGGGAUGUGUUAGA